AUGUUCUCUUUUACUUCUUCGAUACCUGUAAUACAUCCGCCGCAUGAACAAACGCAUCUUGGAAAAUCUGGCAAGUCGUCAACAGGAAACAACGAAGGUCAAGCUGGGAGCGACAAUGCCACGAAUACUGGCAGUGGAUAUAGCCCUAUAGUGCACUGCAUUUUAGCUGGGGGGAUUGGAGGUGCGAUUGGAGACUCGGUGAUGCACUCGCUGGAUACCGUAAAAACGAGACAACAAGGCGCUCCUAACACAGCCAAGUACAAACACAUGCUCUCCGCCUAUAAAACGAUUUUCGUGGAGGAGGGGAUUCGUAAGGGGCUAUAUGGUGGAUAUAGUGCGGCCAUGAUGGGCUCUCUGCCAAGCGCCGCUAUCUUUUUCGGUACGUACGAAUUUCUCAAACGCAAGAUGAUCGACGAUUGGGCCGUGAACGAGACUGUUUCACACCUUACAGCGGGCCUGGGCGGUGACUUGGUAUCUAGUGUCGUGUACGUUCCCAGCGAGGUUCUGAAAACGCGGCUUCAACUGCAAGGAAGGCUCAACAAUCCGCAUUUCCAUUCCGGUUACUCCUACCGAAGCUUUAGAGAUGCGCUGAUGACAGUUGUACGUACCGAAGGCUGGCAAACGCUUUUCUUUGGAUACAAGGCGACAUUGAGCCGAGAUUUGCCUUUCAGCGCUUUCCAAUUUGCAUUUUACGAAAAGUUUCGGCAGUGGGCCUUCAGGCUUGAGAGCAAGUCUCAUGGUCAGGAUCUUUCUGUCUUCAGUGAGCUAGGUACCGGAGCUGCCGCCGGCGGCCUAGCUGGCAUUCUGACGACCCCAUUGGACGUCAUCAAAACACGAAUUCAGACUCAAAGACCGUCGUCCAAAUCAAUGGACGGACAGCAAGUGAUACGCAUCGAAAACUCACUAGUCAAAGGUCUGGGUGCUGUAUACAGAUCGGAAGGCGCUCUAGGAUUUUUCAGCGGUGUGGGGCCCAGAUUUAUCUGGGCAAGCGUUCAGAGCAGCAUAAUGUUACUACUAUACCAAGUGACUCUCAAAUCCCUCGAUAGAUAUGCAUGA